AUGCAAAUACCAUUAGAAGAUGUGCCUCGCAAACGCACAUCCGCGGAGACUGCCUCCAUCGCAAGUACCGCCCCAUCCGAUCACGACGAGCCCCCUAAAGUCGUCAUAACACGAUCUAUACCGGCAGCACUCAGAUCUUGCGCAGUUCACCUCAUUCCCAUAGCAGUCUCAAGCACGGUAAUUGCGUUCAAUACAAACGGAGCGUACCUUGGCGCAGACUUGAUGUCGCCUUUCAAAUCGGAGACAAUCAACCUGAUGCUCUUCCAACUGGCCGCCAAAGCUCACGAAAUAGCAAUUGUUGCAAGCCUAAGUGUAAUCGUCCUGCACUGCCUUCGACAUGAACUUUUAUUCGGGGAAGGGCUACCCUUAGGUCUCCUUGGAUCAGGCCUUGCUUUCAACCAUUUGGAAUACUUCUUCUCAAAGGAGUUCUACGGGAGCCUUAAAUAUGUACACGAGGCGGGAAAGACCCGCAAGUUAGCACUUGUAUUGCUUAUAAUGGUCGCUGGAAUGGUGGCUACCUUGGCUGGUCCGGCGAGCGCCACACUCCUCGUUCCCAAGUCGCAAGACUGGAGCGCGGGCGGAACCCAGUUCUACCUGAAUGGAACAAACAACCAGUUCUGGCCUGCUGACCUUUCUGGAGACUUGCCUGAACUUCAAGAUAUCUGCACGGAAGAGAGCUCAACAAAUCUUGGUAUUUGCCCGGCAGCCGGAUACGAAUCCCUACGAACCCACUGGGGGACCAUGAACAGCAGCACCUUUCAGACCCAGGACGUCCGCUCCUACGCAAAAGAGGUCUCGGGGUCAAAGUUCUACUGGCCUGUCUCGAGCCCCUCGUCACUAAUUCCCCCUCUCUACGCCCUCGGGGAUAUUCAGCAAGCGCCUAACGGGAGGACCUCCUUGACCCAACCGCACGCGGCAACCACGGUCAUCCUACAAAGGCUAGCGAAAGACUGGUGGAGCGCUCUCCAAGACCAAAAGGGACUCACAAAUAACCAAGUCGACGACCGGACAGCCUCGGCAACAUUCAAAAACGCCAUCACCGUCGCGCGGUGCAGCGAACCGCAGGAAAUCCGCGCUUCAGAUACCACCGUCAAGUUUCCCUCUAUUCACGGCCGGUUCGACUUUGCCGAUGCCCUAUCCCUCAACGUUCCCGGUGUAAAUAAGACUAGGACGGACCACCUGCGCUUUCAAUGGGUUCACCUCCCCGCCAAAUUCGGCGCCGCCAGCAUUGGCGCCCUCUUCGAAACACCCUGGUCAUCGAGAUGGACAGAUGAACCAAGCAGAGCCGUGCUCGGGUGCACGAUUCAAGCAGGCUGGGUCCCAGCGACGGUCUACACAGAUAAAUAUAUCUUCUGGACGGGUUGGUAUACAUGGAACAUCCUGUUCGGCGACCGAACACCAGUGUAUAAUCCUGCUUCUAUCGCUCCCACCAACGGCCGCGUUGCAUUCGGCGAUAAAUGGCUUAGUCUCUUGACGCCCCCUGCUCCCAUUAUAGCAUCAAAAACAACAUCCUGGCACCCCUCAACAAUCGAAAGCAUCCUCCACACCGCCGGCGCAACAACACCCCCAGAGACCUGGCUCGCAAGGGACACCGCAUCCUGGGAACGCGUCUCACUCGUCGAAGCCAUUAUCUGCAGCGUUAUCCUCGACGGUCUAAGCCGGACAGGAAGUCACCGCGUCUUCAACAUAUCCAGCGCACCUCCUGAAUGGUCAAUAGCAAACUACAACCCCCUCCCAGACUUCAACGCCCUCAUCCUAGACAACAAACCCGCGCUCCAACCUCCUUCACCAACUGCGAAUGCGGACGAGUAUAUCGCCAUUGACGCUCGCAUGCAAAUCAGCGGCUUCUCCCUCCAAGCCUCGCUAGCGACUUACCUAUCCAUGACCGUCCUCCUAAUCCACAUGGUUAUGGCGGCGCUGCAUACGUUCUACAUUGUCAUACAAAGACACACGUCUGGUAGCUGGAGCACAGUCGGCGAACUCAUUGCUCUGGCUCAGAACUCGCAGCCGGCGUUGAACGCCCUCCCUAAUACGGGCGGCGGGAUCAAGCGCUCCAGGACAUACGCGCAGGUUGCGAGGAUCCGCGUCGUUAGCCCCCGAAGUCCGGAAUCAACUUCAAGCUCAGACAGUGAGAAACGGAUUGAAUUGCUCUUUGGCGACUCGUUACCUUGUAAAGAUGCGCGAAGUCGCGUGGAACAUCCGAAUGGCAGCAAACUGCGCCGCUUGCGUGACAGCCGCUUCCUACACCCUGCUACGUGGCCGAGACCGGACACCCAUUCUUGCAUCCGGGGCCCCGGGGACUGGCCACUCCCGGGUUCCAUGGAGAGAUUGGUGCCAGGUGGUGCAGAGGAUGAGGAAACGGCCGGUGCAGUGACGGCGGUGGCGAAGGUGCUGCUUGAUAGGCGGUACGUGUGA